CGUAACAGCGGUUAAUGGAGAACGGUUAUUUGACAAAUUGAGUUAAUGACCAUGGUAGUAUGAGCUCCGACCUCUCCACGCGAUGGUUAAUACCAGUUCGUGUGAAACUGUUCAUUCUGUUAAUCAUUCUUUUAAAGAUUUCGCUAUGAAGCACUUGUUAUUAUUGAUUAUCUUGACGGGCAGCAAGUAAUAUGAUGCAUUCACUGCGUGGUUUAAGAGCUGUAAUCUUGAGUUUCCAUUCGGCAAGAUGCUGACUGAAGCACCCCAAUGCGAAGUUUAGUGCUUGCCGUGGUGUGGCUGACCCUGGUCGUAUACAUCGUCCUAGGCGGGGUGAUCUUCCACUUCAUAGAAGAGUCCACAGAGUCAGACACCAAGACCAACGCAUUCGACGGAUUCAAGAAUUUUCUCUCUAACUAUUCCUGUAUCUCGCACGAGGAACUGGAGUUGUUCAUAAAAAACGUCAUCCAGGCGUAUGAUCAGGGCGUGCUGGUCACCUACAAUACGUCCUCAGAGUCCAACUGGGACAUAGCCAGCUCGAUUUUCUUCGCCAUCACCGUCGUCACGACCAUUGGAUACGGGCAUAUUGCACCAUCCACCGAUUCAGGACGAACAUUUUUCGUUUUCUAUGCGUUUGUUGGCAUACCGCUUUGUAUGGUUGCCCUUGGCUUCCUUGGAGAAAAACUUCAGUUGCCAUUGAAGAAGUUACAGAAGAGAGUAUUAUGGAGAGACAGACCGCGCUACGACAGCUACAUCAAGUCCGUCAUCUACGUCACUCUUGGUUUCUCUAUUCUCAUACUGUUACCAGCAUUAGUGUUCUGGAUAGUCGAGGACUGGUCCUACACAGAUUCUCUGUAUUAUGUUGUUGUAACCUUGACAACAGUCGGUUUUGGCGAUUUUGUUCCAGGUGCAAACGAAAAGAACUUCCGAGCCGUAUACAAACUAGUUGUUUGUGUUUGGAUUAUGAUUGGUUUGGCCUGGGUCGCCUUGCUUAUCAGUGAAGUUGGUGACGUCAUGAGAGGAAAAGUUUCAAAACUUAUAAACAAGCACAACAGUAACGCCAAGGAACUUUCUGAUAAAGAACAAAAUAUGGAACUACAGCCACCAAGUGCAGCUAGUAUAUAAGCGGUUACCAGCAACAACCGUGACACUCACAACGACAAAUUUUGCAUGGAUUUUGUUGUCAAAGACGGGGAAUCACCGUGUGGCGAUUUUCAGUGUGUUUGUCUUUCUAUUCCCUGGUGUUAAACUUUCCUUAAUGUCCAAUUACAAUUCCAAAGACCGCAAUCAAGUGUGGAAGCCUUAAGUAAACAUGGAUAUAGAGCGGUCUAUUGAACGAUGGACGGAUGAAACGAAGAAUGGAUGGAUGGGUGGAUGGAUGGAUGAAUGGAAGGAUGUGUCCGUAGAUUGAUGAAUGAGUAGAUGGAUGGAUGGAUGGAUGGAUGGAUGAAUUUUAAGUUGGUUCUGUCCUGGACCAAACCACUGAACUUGCCAGAGGUAAGGUCCAGGGAGUACAUGCCUGAAUCUCGAAAGGACAUGAUGAUUCGAUGGAUGUACUACAAUAUUAACCAGUGAUCGCAUUUUAUUUUAGAUACCAUUGAAUCUGCCUUAUACACAAUCUUUUAUAUACCUCAUAAUAUAACAAUCUGAAACGUGUUGACUGUCAUAUAGUCAGAAACAAUCCUGCAGCCCACCCGCAAGAUAUAGACAUUUGCAUUUAUGUGUGUUGCUUUAAAUGCGAAGUCCAAUGACUUCAACAUUUACAUGUUAGUAUUUCCAAACAUGUUAUAACGAGUGUCUAUUUGAUGACAUCAGCCAAAUUGAUCCAUGUGACUAUUGCUCCGAGAGGUCUCGCAUAGUAAUUGCACUGAGUCAAGAGAAUGUUAAGUGCAACCUACAGCUGUCACGUAGACUGGCUUUAACAAUUAACAUCGAGGAAUCUUUGAUAUGCACGUUCACACGGAUAGUAAUCCACUUCAUUUCAUUUUAGCACCAGUGAACAUGUAUUUUGUAUAUGCACGGGCAAUCAUUCACUGAAUUUAAUUAUUUAUUUUAUUUCAGCAUUAUAUCUUUUUAAAUAUUUUAUAAGCACUUUCACACGAAUAAUAAUCUGAAUUUAUUCAUUUUAUUUUAGCACCGAUGUAAAAAAAAAAAA